AUGUCGUACUCCCAAACAUACUCUCGUGGUUCUCAAGGAUACUACUCUCAGGGAUACUCCCAAGGCUCCCAAGGAAUCUCCCACGAGAGUUCCCCGAGUACAUCUUCCGGGGGAGAUCACAAAACUGCUGCUCCAAAUUAUAAUGAACCCAAGUCACGAAUGCUCAAAGCCGAUCCCAACAUCGCCCUCUACGAAGACCAGCCAGUGGCACUUAUGAGUAGAUCCUCUUCGAAUACAUUCUCCUUGCGGUCGAUGCAACAUAAGGACCGGGAGGGCAAUAUCAUCACGGACCCGGAUCUCUCCAACCCAACCCGUCAUCGGUUCGAACGGCCCCUUGACACCAUCCGAGGUUUUCACAAGGCUAUCGAAGAGCAGAGUCGGCACGUGUCGUUUCGGUAG